UGCAUCGUGAUUUGACAGGAGUCUUCGGUCUUCUUAGUCUCUGUGGUGCCGCUAUUUCACCAUUUUGUAUAAAGAAAUUCCGCGUUUUUUAUUAGUUUUUGCAAAUAUAAUGAGUGUUCAAAGUUAAAAAUCAUCCUCGCAAAGUGCAGUUUUCUUGUCGUGAGUGAAGCGGUCAAACGUAUUGAGGUGCCUUCUCAUCGUGCCGCGUAGUGAUCCGCUCACCCUAGUCCUUCCUCCUCCCAAUAUCUUAGCCCCUGUUCCAAAAGAAUACACCUAACUCUGGCUCGUUCCCGAAGAAUACACCUAACUCUGGCUCGUUCCCAGUUAACCUUUUCGCCUUGGGGGCAGACCUACAUCAAAAUCACGCCAGAAUCAUUCGAAGGAUUCUACAUUAAAAUCCGUCCCUCAAAAUUUCAAAUGUCUCUUCGCAUUUUGAGAACAAAACAGUCGAGCCUGAGUUUGCAAGCGUUCGGGGAUUUGGUCUUGCUGUCAGGGACACUAUAAAAAGAAAAAAAAUUCCCGAGUUCACCGGAUUUAAAUUAAAAUACUAAUAUACAAAAAAAAAAGUCCAAAUAUGAGGAGUCAUAUUGACGGCGAAACUUGUCGCCACUUAUCUCGAUCCGAAAUGUUUUGGCGACCGACUUUAACGGUGCGUAAUGGGAGGUACGUGUGCUACCGUACCGUCCGCUCGGGGCAAGAGGCAUUGCGGGUUGCGGCCGACCGCGGCGCAACUAACGACCAAGAGUCGAAGGUCUAUGCCGAUUUGGACACGGUUUACCGGUUCACACUCCCGCUCUGUUCCCGAGAGGCCCAUGUAAGGGAGGCUGCACUCCUGCACAUCGAAAAGAUCUUCAACCAGUGGCUGAACGGAUUGUGCAGUCCCGAGGUCGUUACCCAGAGCCAUUCGAACGAUUCGGAGCAAGACACGAUCCCGCCUCCUUGCUACUCCCUCAUAUCCCUUCACGUUCCCUCCAUAGCGUCCCUGGCCAACUUGUGUCCUUUCGAAGACGUGCGCGACAAAUGCAAGCAUAUUCUACUCAUGAUAAAGGAGAAAGGAGUCUCAGUUCCAGAACUUCGGAUCGAACCGCCAUCUGACUUCAUUCCACACGACGAGGUUAGAAUGAUGCCAGGUUUCCUUUUCUACUCGUGAAAUACUGAAAUAACAGAUUUUAUCACAUACACCGGAACAAACAUUUACGAAGCAACUUAUAGAACGCAAAGAAGGACCAAGUUGCUUGAGUAGAAAUGGUACAGCUCAAGAGUAGCAGCUAAUUAUUGUCAUGCAUGCUGGACGUGUACUUAUUUCUGCCGUACUCACGAAAGAAGCUGCACUCAACGUCUGGAAUCCUUGCUUCCCGCUAAAGUCAAAGAAUGAGUUAGCCUGAAACAUCACAUGACUUUUCCUGAUAAUCAACGUAUUUUGGCAUGAAUUUUUUUAUGUUUUUCAUAAAUUUCCUAGAACUAAUAAGGAUCGACUGAAAUCCAAGUAGAUUUUUAAUGCGUCAUUAAAAAAUAAAUUUUAGAUGUCUAAGUGGUUACGAUCAAUUUAAAAAUUCUUACAAAAAAGAAGGAAGAAUUCAAUGAGCGAACCCUUUCAAGAACGACAAAGAAGUUUCCCAAAUAUUUUAGUGUUGAUAACUUAAAUUAUACCAUGACUUUCCUUGCCCACCGUCAUGCAGCGAGUUUCAAUGCUGGUUCUUGAGCGUUUAAUUAAGGUCUCUCCUGUAAUAUAAAUCCAUCGACCUUGGAGGAGAAAGCACAGAAACCGCGCGCGAGGUCGAUUUAUUAAGACUCUUACAAAGUUAUAAAUUAAGGUAAUAUACAGCAGGGUUUUGUAUCUCUCCAGUAGAGUCAGGACAGUGUAAAACCCUUUUUAUAACCCUUGAAAUUUAACUGGCCGUCCCUUGGAGUGAGAGUCAAACGCAUCCCUUCCCAGUUACAUUGCCCGGUGAGAAAGUAAACGCGUUGAGAAAAAAAGAAAUAAUUAACUUUCGGAGAGUUUGAAAUUUUCCGGGUAAAUCAAAAUUAAAGGAAUUUAAUUUAUUGCGACGUAAUUCAUCUUUAAAAUUACAUUAAGGAAUUCUGAAAGCAGAUCUCUGUAGUUUCGAGGGCGCGGCGUAGGCUGACAGUAAGCCGCCUUUUUCACAAGUUUCGAGUCGUAUAAAAACUUUUUUCAAGUUCUUCACGUCUUUGCCGGGAUUUAUGGACUGAAACUAGCUCUGUAAUUCAAAAGGUUUGCUGUUGCUUUAAUAUGCAUUACAAGAUUGUGAAGUGAGAGGGAGGGUUGUCCAUUGUUGACAGACUACUCGUAAAGAAAGUGGCCGAAAGUUUCACGUCAUUGCAGAAAGACAGAUUGGACCUGCUCCUUUAAAAAAUUUGGCGGCACCCGUGUUGAGUUGCACCUGAAUCCCUCCUCCCGAACUUUUUAUAUUUUUCUCUCGUUGAAAGUAUACUUGGAGAUAUCAAAGCCUAGAAUGUUUUAUGCAUCAAACUUUUCAGUCUCUUUCUGAUCCGGACUAAGAAGUUUUGUAUUUUUCUGAGGGACCUUUCGUGCCCAUAAAAUUAAACAAGUAAACUAUGUCAAGUCGGUUACAAAUGUUUAUGAUUCGUAAAAGUUUUCUUUUGUAACUAUGACCCCAAGUAUUUUUCUCUGUAUAAGUGAAACUUUCUCGCUCCUUAUUAUAUCAAAGGCAAACCGAUUCCAUACUUAACAAUCUACUUUUAGAGGGAGAAACGCAAAUAAAACGGCAAUAUUUAUAUAAACCUUGAUCCUGUAAUCCUUUUUUGGCGCGGUGUUACUUACAACUCUCUUUUAAUAAAUUUACACAAAACGUUAUCCUGUGAAAUCAAUUAGCUCCUUCUUUUUAGAAAAGUUAAACGGAAGUUUAAAAUUCUGGUCCUGAAGAAAAUUUUACCUUCAACAAAAGUAAAUGAAUGAAAUAAUUUCAACAUACCUCCUACUUAAUAGUUAUAAAAGGAAAAAGGAGUCACAGUUUUAAAACUGAAUUUCUAUAUGCAAACACGCCAAAUUUUUAAUCAGUUUCUUUAUUAGUAUUUCACUUGUUUCAAAGCUAAAUUCGUCAAAUUUAUGUAAUCAAUAUACCUGAAGAGGAUUAGAUAUGUUUUUAAAGUCCUUUAAAGUAUAUUUAUAUCACUGAUAAUAUAAAUGUUUGAAAUUGUCGACUAGGAUGCGUAUUGGUAUUUAAAGCAUCCAUUCACAAUAUCGAUUCGAAAAAAGGCAACUUACAGUUUCCUUUACAGACUGUAUUUUAAUUUUUAAUUUAUAAGCAUUUAUUCACAAUAUUGAUUCGGAAAAAGGCAACUUACAGUUACCUUUGCAGACUAUUUUUUAAUUUUUAAUUUAUAAGCAUCUAUUCACAAUAUUGAUUCGGAAAGAAGGCAACUUACAGUAACCUUUGCAGACUUCUUUUUAAUUUUUAACUUAUUAUUUUUACCAUUAAAUUUCCAAUCAAUACCGGGUUUGAGUCAUUCGAAAGGGUACUACUGAAAAAAAGCAAAGCGGUCGGAUCGUGAGAGCAAGUGGCUGGGAGAGCGGAAAGAGGACACAGGAAGUUGGCUGGGAAAAUGGCCGGAGAGUCGACGUUGACGAAAA